AUGGUGUUCUUUCUAGAUUAUUUCCAACACCGCCGCGAUUGCCAAUUCAAGCAAGCACAACGUGCAGAUCGGAUUGCUGCACUUACCAGUUACCAUGGGCCAUUCACGUCGUCCGACCGCGAGACGGUUGACAAGCCUAUUGAGGAGCUUGUCCAAGGUGUCCGCAAAGGGGUCAUCCAGCCACUAGACAUUCUACGGACCUACGGCAAAGUCGCAGUCAAGGCUCACGAGAAGACCAACUGCGUGACGGAAGUCCUGCUCUCCUCCGCAGAGGGCUGGCUGCAAGACGGCUCGAUCAACCUGGAUGGGCCCCUGGCCGGGAUCCCCGUCAGUCUCAAAGACACGAUCGUGGUGGGCGGCUACGACACCACCGUCGGGUACAGCAGCUUCGUGGGCAACGCGGUGCCCAAGGACGGCGCCAUCGUGCGGCUGCUCAAGGACGCCGGCGCGGUGCCGUACGUCAAGACCAACCUGCCGAUCACGCUGCUGAGCUUCGAGUCCACCAACGACGUGUGGGGGCGCACCACCAACCCGCACAACAGUAAGUACUCGCCCGGCGGAUCCAGCGGCGGCGAGUCUGCACUGCUGGCCCUGGGCGGCCGGAUCGGCAUUGGGAGCGAUGUUGCGGGCAGCGUGCGUGCCCCUGCCCAUUUUGCCGGCUGCUACAGCUUGCGGUGCUCGACGGGCAGGUGGCCGAAGUUCGGCAUCUGCACCAGCGUGCCUGGACAGGAGGGUGUGCCGAGCAUUUACAGCCCAAUGGCGAGGACGCUGAACGACCUUACCUACUUCACUAGUGCGAUUGUCGGGAUGCAGCCGUGGAAAUAUGACUAUCAGGCCCAUCCCAUCCCCUGGAGAACGGAUGUAGUCGAAGAGUAUAGCUCAAAGAAGCAGCUACGAGUUGGUGUGCUACGAACUGACGGGGUUGUUGAUCCGAGCCCGGCCUGUCGCCGAGCUUUGGAGAUGGCGGAAGCAGCUCUCAAAGAAGACGGUCAUGAAAUUGUCGAAAUUAACCCUCCGAAUAUGUACUACGGUCUACAACUUGCUUCAUAUCUCCUCAAUGCCGACGGCGCGCAGAUGUGGAGGACAUUUAUGAGAACAGGUGAAUGGAACGAUGCUGGGGCUGCUCAGCUUGGCUUCAUGGCAAAUCUCCCAAGUCCGCUCAGAUAUAUCUAUUAUCUCUGGGUCAAGUAUGUGCGAAGAGAUGAAAUCUGGGCUGGUCUUAUUCGCGACUUCCGCGCAAAGACAGCCUUCGAGAACUUCCAGCUGGUUUCCAAGCGAGAGGGCUACAGGGCGGAGUGGUACGAGUGGUGGAACGAGCAGAAACUGGACUUCGUCCUUACACCUCCCAAUGCUACACCCGCUGUUCCUCAUGAUGGCAUGAAGGAUGCUGUUAGUAGCUGUGGCUACACGUUCUUGUUCAACCUGCUGGAUUACACUGCCGGAGUCAUGCCUGUGACUCAUGUAGACAAGGCUCUGGACCAACUACCUGCCAGUUUCGAUAUCAAGAAGCUCAAUGGCGUAGCUCAGGGAGCGUAUAAGCUAUAUGAUGCGGAUGCGAUGCACGGCCUCCCGGUGGCAGUACAGGUCGUCGGUAGGAGACUUGAAGAGGAGAAGGUGCUGGCCAUAAUGAAGCGGAUAGAAGAUGCACUUGGUGAACAGAAAUACAAGUUGCUCGAGCUUGACUAA